UUCAGGCGCGUCGCGGGCGUAUAAAACGCUGAACAGGGUGGGGGUAACUACCGAGUCUCCCUAGCCCACCGUCCACGGGUACUCAGUCGGGAUGGCACCGUCCUUUGGAGCUCUCCUCACCCUGCUCGCGGCCCUCGGCGCGUCUGCCAGCCCCCUCGCUGAGCGCGCGCCACCGACAGUGACUCUGGAUGGUGCCACCGUCACAGGUGCUGCCUCAGGAAAGGUCGACAAGUUCCUCGGGAUCCCCUUCGCGGAGCCUCCUGUCGGCGACCUCCGCUUCCGUCUACCCCAGCUCAUCACGAAGUACACCGAUGACAUCGACGCGAAGCAGUUCGGCGCGUCGUGCCCGCAACAGGCCAUCCAGCUGCCCCUCCCGGACGGGUUGGUCAAGGACACCAUCGACGCGAUCGUCAAUACGCUCUACCCCGCUGUCUUCCCGGAUGACGAGGACUGCCUCACCAUCAACGUCGUCAAGCCCGCGACCGCGACCCCGGACUCCAAGCUCCCCGUGCUCGUGUGGAUCUUUGGCGGUGGCUUCGAGAUUGGAAGCACUUCCAUGUACGAUGGGGGGAUCAUUGUCGAGCGCUCGCUCGCCAUUGACGAGCCCGUCAUCUAUGUAUCCAUGAACUAUCGGGUCGCAGCUUUCGGUUUCCUUGCCAGUCAAGAAGUCAAGGACGCGGGAGUAGGCAACCUCGGACUGCAGGACCAACGCGCGGCCUUGCGCUGGGUGCAACAGUACAUCGGCGCCUUCGGUGGCGACCCGGACAAGGUUACCAUAUGGGGCGAAUCUGCGGGAGCAAUCAGCGUCGCGCUCCAUAUGGUCACCAACGACGGCAACACCGAGGGCCUCUUCCGAGGCGCGGUCAUGAACUCGGGAUCGCCGAUUCCUGUGGGUGAUAUUACGAAUGGACAGAUCUGGUACGACCAACUCGUCGCCGCGACCGGGUGCACGAACAGCAAGGACACCCUGCAAUGCUUGCGCGAGGUACCCUACGAAGACCUGAAGGCGGCGCAGGAUGAUACGCCGUUCGUCUUCUCGUACCAGUCCCUCAUCCUCACGUGGCUCCCCCGCGCGGACGGCGUCUUCCUCAAGGACAACCCCCAAGCGCUCGUCAAGCACGGCUCCGUCGCCAACGUCCCCUUCAUCAGCGGCGACUGCGACGACGAGGGCACCCUCUUCUCCUUCUCCACCCUCAACAUCACCACGGACGCGCAAGCGCGCGAUUACGUCUCGCAGUACUGGCUCCCGCGCGCCUCCUCUGCCGACAUCGACGCGCUGUUCAAGCUCUAUCCGUCGGAUCCGAAGCAGGGGUCACCGUAUGAUACGGGCAGCCUGAACGCGCUGACGCCGCAGUUCAAGCGCAUUGCGUCGUUUCAGGGGGAUACGGUGUUCCAGGGGCCGAGGCGGUAUUUUAUGAGGGAGCGGUUGGGGAAGCAGGAUAUGUGGGCGUUUAUCAAUAAGCGGUUGAAGGGCUUGCCGGCGUUGGGGAGCUUCCACGGAUCCGAUCUGCUCAACGCUGCCUUUGGACUUGGAGAAAUGAGCGACUACACCAUCCGCUUCACCGCCAACCUCGACCCCAACGGCAAGAACGCGACCAACUGGCCGAAGUACACAUCCUCGUCGCCUCAGAUGCUCUCCUUCAAUGAUGGACUCAUCAAGCCACUGAGUUUAACGCAGGAUACCUACAGAGCAGAGGCGAUGGACAAGUUGAUUGAGGUAAUGCAGACGAAUCCUAUAUGAUGCGGACGACGGGCAGGGUGGUUGGCCACUUCCUAGGCGGUGAGGACGGUGGCUGGGUUAUGCACAGUACAUGCGAACGAAUGAAACGAACGAAAUGAAUGGAAGAAGACCUUUCAAUGAACCCUGGACGGGCGUUUGCGAGCUGAGAGCAAGCAAACAUGCAUGCGGC